CGAAGCCCAGAUUUCCUCACCACGGGCUGGGUCGCCAUUGGCCCUGGGCCCUCCCUCCUUGCCAUCUGCUGUGAGCCAGGCACACAGCAGUUAACUACCAGCCUGGCAGAGUGCCCGGCUAAGCUGGUGCCCUGGGCCAUGGUUUCCUUCAUGAUGCCGUUGCUGGGAGCUCGGGGCGGGACAGAGCCAGAAAGCACUGAGAACAGAAGUCCCUGGCUUGUCUUCCGGGUGGCAAACCUGUCCCGGAAGGUUCUGGAUCAGCCAGCAGCCCCCGCUGCAGGGGCCCAGAGUCCCCGGGAAGCCAGAGGCGGAUGCCCCGCUGGCCUCUAUCCUCCGGGACUCCCAGGAUUGCUCAGUACCCAACAGGCAUCUCUGGAGUAGCCCACAACGGGCACAGUCACUUCCUGGGCACCCACAGGGUGCCAGGCACGCUGACCACAGCAUCCACGCAACUCCCGCUCCGGUGUACGGGACAAAAAGCCAACAAGUAGAAACCACAUCGGUGAUAUGGAUGCGGAGAGGGAGGCCCUGCUGGGGACCGCCUGCCCCGAGCUGCUGACCUUCUGCCGGAACCAAGGCCUGCCCUUCGAGGCCGUGGACCUGCGGUGGGGUGUCCAGGACUCCGAGGCUGCUGACCAGCUGACCCCCGACCUGUGCCUGGAGGAGCUGCAGCGCUGCCAGAGGACGUCCCUGGGGCCAGCCUUCGUCGCCCUCGUGGGUGACCAGUACGGCCCCUGUCCGGUCCCCCGGCGCAUCGAGGAGAAGGAGUGGGAGGCGCUGCGGGCCCAGCUGAGCACCAGGCCGGGGGACCUGGAGCUGGUGGCCCAGCGCUUCCGGAGGGACGAGAACUCGGUUCCCCCCAGCUACGUGCUGCAGGCGGCGGGCGGCGGGGAAGCCCCCGGGCCGGAGGAGCCCACGCUGGCCUCGGUUCUGCGCGCCGCAGCCCAGGAGGCCCGGGGCCGGGGCCUCAUCAGCCAGGAGCAGUGGCAGCGCUACCACCGCUCAGUGCUGGAGUGGGAGCUGGAGCGCGGCCUGCUGAGCGGCUCUCCGGGGGCCACUGUGUUCCUGCGUGAGAUCCCGGAGCUGGCGCGGCACCUGCUGCAGGACUGUGCGCUCCCCGUGGUGGACCGGCUGCCCGACGGCCUCGUGGACACCACCGCACAGGGCCACCUGAGCAGCCUCAAGCAGCGAAUGGCCCAGGAGUGGCCCGGGGUGCUCAAGGUGCACCGGCUGCCCUGGGCCCGCGACCUGGUGAAUCCCAGGAACAAGGCGCAUGCGCGCUACCUGCUCGAGCUGGGCGAGCAGUUCGUGGCCAGCGCUGCGCAUCAGGUCCUGCAGCGCCUCCGGGAGCUACCGCCCGCCCUGCCCUCCCCCGCCUGGCUCUUCCAGGACAUCCGCCACCACCUGUGGCAGGGCACCGAGGCCACCCGGGCCUUCUGCGGCCGCCAGGGGCUCCUGGGCCGGCUCGGCCAGCGGCUGCGGCAGGAUGACGGCUGUCCUCACAGCCCCCUGGUGCUCUUCGGCCCCCCGGGCAUCGGGAAGACCGCCGUGCUGUGCAAGCUGGCCGAGCAGGCAGCCGGGCUGCUGGGCCGUAAGACGGUGACAGUGCUGAGACUGCUGGGGACGUCGCAGGGCAGCGCAGACGCCCGCGGGCUCCUGGCCGGCCUGUGUCUGCAGCUGUGCCUGGCCUUCGGGCUGCCCGCGCCACCGCCCCAGGUCCUGCAGGCCCGCACCAGGUUGGCCCAUUUCUUCCACGUGCUGCUCCACACCGUGGCCCGCAGGGACUUUGAGUCCCUGGUCAUCCUGCUGGACGCUGUGGAUGACCUGGACCCCGGCCGGCGCUCCGGGGCCAUCCCCUGGCUGCCCCUUGCCUGCCCCCCGCGGGUCCACCUCAUUCUGUCUGCCUGCUCCGGGCCAUGCGGCGCCUUGCACGCUGUGCGGGCGACACUCAGGGACUCGGACGCCUAUUGGGAGGUGGAGCCGCUCUCUGAAGACCAGGCCCAGGAGAUGGUGCAGCUCCUGCUGGCUGCGGCGGGGCGCACACUGAGCCCAGCCCAGCGCAACCUGCUGUGGGCCAGCCUGCCCGAGGCCGGAAACCCUGGGCGCCUGCAGCUGGCAUUCCACGAGGCCCACACCUGGGCCUCUUUCUCUGUGCCCGUGCCCCUGGCCACCACCGCGGAGGAGGCGACACACCAGCUCUGCGCCCGCCUGGAGCUGACACACAGCUGGCUUCUGGUGGCCCACGUGCUGGGCUACAUCGAAGCUUCCCGGCAUGGGCUGGCAGAGGCGGAGCUGAAGGACGUGCUGUCGCUGGAUGACGAGGUGCUGCAGGCCGCCUACCGGGCCUGGACGCCGCCCAGCCGGGAGCUGCUGCGCUUCCCUCCCCUGCUGUGGGUGCGGCUGCGCAGGGACCUGGACCACUGCUUGUCCCGGCGGCCCAUGCACGGCACCACACUGCUGGCCAUCGCCCACAGGCAGCUGGCCCAGGUGGUCCGAGAGCGCUACCUGUCCCCACCUGAGGCGGCCGCGAGGCACAGCGUCCUGGCCGACUUCUUCGCGGGCACCUGGAGCCAAGGGACCAAGAAACUCAUCACUCUGCCGCGUGUGGGGGGGCCGCUGAGCCUGGACCGGAAGGUGGCCCCACAGCCCCUGUGGUUCUCAGACUCCGUUGCCAAUGAGCGGAAGCUGGCGGAGCUGCCCCUCCACCUGCUGCAUGCCGGGCGCACCAGGGAGCUGCUGCAGGAUGUGCUGGGUGACAUGAGCUGGCUGUCCUGCCGGCUGCUGUCUGGUGGCCUCGAUGCCCUGCUGGACGAUGUGGACCUGUGUGUGCCCCACGUGGACAGCCCGGAGCUGGGCCUGCUGCGUGAGGCCCUCGAGCUCUGCCGCCCAGCCCUCGAGCUCCGGGGCACAGAGAGAAGUGUGCUGUAUGUGGAGCUGCUGGCCCGGCUGCAGGCCUUUGCCGCCUCGUGCCCUGUGCUGCUGGGGCCGCUGAGUCAGCAGGCCCAGGCCUGGCUCCGCGCAUGCCCGCACCCUGUGCUGGUGCCGCUGGCCCCGUGUCUGCAGCCCCCGGGGGGGCCCCUGUGCACCUCCCUCACCGGCUGUCACAGAGGUGUCACCGCCCUGGCGUGGAGCCCGCAGGAGCGGCUGCUGGUGGUGGGCGCCCAGGACGGCAUGGUGACCGUGUGGGACGUGGAGGAGGCACGCGUGACCCACAUCCUCACAGGACACGCAGGAGAGGUGACCUGCCUGGCUGUGCUUGCCCGGGAAGCGCUGGCCGUCUCCGCCUCCAGGGACCGCACGCUGUGCCUGUGGCACCUGCUGUCCGGCCGGGAGAGGUUCACCCUGCGGGACACAGGCACCCCGGACCCCCAGACCUGCCGCCUCCACCUGGACGAGGCUCAGGGCGUGGUGUACGCAGCCUGGAGCUCACAGAUCAGUGCUUGGAACCUGCAGACCGCGGAGCUGCUUUUCCGCAUCCUUGGCGACGUCUCUGACCCCUGGGUGUACACAGCUGUGCUGGUGUCCCAGGCCCAGUUGUUGACCUUGUCCAAGGGCGGUGCCAUCAGUGUGAGGAGCUCAGCCACUGGACAGCUGCAGGGGACACGGCCCCUGUCCAGCACACCAGAGGAGACCCCGUCCUGUGCAGUCCUGGUCCAGAAACAAGGAAGGCUGAUCGCAGGGUUCAGCAGCGGCUCCAUUGCUGUGGUUUCCCCGGAUGGAGACCAUGGGGACCAGCAGCUGGAGAGGCUCCCGGAAGCAGUGUGUUUCCUGGUGCUGGCGGAAGACGAGUCCCUUCUGGCAGCAGGCUUUGGGAGAUGCGUGCGGACAUUUCUGGCCGACUCACAGGCCUUCCGCCAAUUUCUGGCCACCGACUUGGAGCAUGAGGACACGGUGGAGACGUCAGUGUUCGGGCCCCAGAACAAUCUGAUUGUCACCGGGUCCAGAGAUGCGCUCGUUCAGGUGUGGAGCCUGUCUGAGCAGGGGACCCUGCUGCACGUCCUCGAGGGCGUGGGCGGCCCCGGGAGCCUGCUGGCCCGGGCCGGGGCCCUGGUGGCGUGCGCAUCCCAGCAGUCCUCCUCCCUCAGGGUCUGGGACCUCAGCUCCCCGCAGCGGCCGCAGCCCCCCGCGCCCUUCCCAGACCGCGCGGGCCUCGUCGCCCUGUCCCACCACGGGAGCUUCGUCUACUUCCCCAAGGUCGGAGACAAACACAAAGUCACCGUCUGGGACGUGGCCGAAGGUGAGGUACAGGACACCCUGGACGCGUCCAGUGAGGUCCGGUGCCUGGAAGUGGCCGAGGGGCCCAAACUCCUGUUUGCGGGGCUGUCGUCGGGGGCUGUGCUGGUGUUCCCGCUGGACUCGAGGCAGGAUGUGCUGUGUGUGCCCCCGCCCGAGGCCCGCAAGCCAGUCGUGUGCAUGGCCCUGAGCAAGCUCGAGGACCGGCUGGCCAUCGCCUACGACAACACCGUGCUGGUGCUGGACGUGGAGCCCGGGGACCCGUGCCCAGCCAUCGAGGGGCCUGCAUACACCUUCUACACGCAGCUGCCCGAGACCAUCGCCAGCGUGGCCGUGCUGGGUGACCACCGUGUGCUCUAUGGCAUGACCAGCGGUGACCUCUUCCUGUACGCAUGUUCCGACUCCCAAGUGUUCCCGCUCGAGGCCCACAGCAGCCGAGUGACCUGCGUGGAUGUCAGCCACAGCGAGCAGCUGGCAGUCAGCGGGUCCCAGGAGGGCCGCCUAUGUCUCUGGGACGUGGGCACGUGUGCGUGCAGGCUGGAGCUGGGCUACACGAGCUCCUACUGCCCCGGGGUGCGAUGCGUCUGCUUCUCGAAGGAUGACAAAUACGUGUUCUCAGGCUUGCAGGACCGCUCCGUCAUCGUCUGGAGCGCAGUGGACGGGACGCUACUGGCCACCCAGUUUGUCCACGCAGUGGUGACCAGAAUCAUCCCCACUUCUAAUGGCUUCAUUGCCCCCACAAGCCAUGGCUACAUCCUCCGGAAUCGGUUCCAGUGCCCAGCCUCCAGGGCCUCACAGCAAGACCCCCUCAGGAACUUCCAGAAGGCGGUGUGGAGGGUCAAAUGGAGGCAGAGGGAGGAGCUGGCAGCGGGAGCCCCCCAGGACUCGGAGUCAGAGGCGGCCCAGGGAAGGGAGGCCAAGCACAACAAGCGCUCUCAGGUCUGCCGGAUUGUGUGAGGCUGUUCAUAUGGCAGCGGCACCAGAAAUGGCUUUCCUGGAGGACAACGGGCCCCAAGGCCUCAGGGCAUUUUCCACUCUUCCAUUCCUUUCCUUCCCAUGAGACGCAUUACUCAGACCUACAGCUCCAGGUUAGCAACAUGCUGGCCAAUGCCCUGCGGGCUCCACGUUCAGUAGAAAGAGCGCUUGGGUUCCCAAGAGUGGCAGCCAGGGGCUGGCCCCGCCUCCAUUGGCUCGGAUUGGCUGAACGCUCACCCUUGAACCAAUCACCAACACAGCACUUUGAUUGGCUGGCUGGAUCUAAUGUCCACUACUGGGCUAAGGCUGGGGAUGAAAUCCACACGCGGGAAAGGGGCAGGGGCUAUGAGACCGGCCAGACCACCACUGAGGGGACUGCAAGGUUCUCCAGUCUGUGAUGCCGCAGACCUGUCCUUGUUCCCCCUCACAGCCCCUACUUCGAGGAAGGCAGGAAUUUGAGUCCACUUUACAGAUGGGGACACUGGCCUUGCAGAGGUGACUCGGGCUUGCUCCAGGUCACGAGUCUGAGGUGUGAGCGCUCUGAGUGGUGACAGCCAGGAGCUGUCUGUCCCGACCCUUGUGGCCCGGCCAGGCCCAUGUACCUUUCCCAGUAGGGUCUACUUCACAGCAGGGCCUGGCAGGGACUGCAGCAGCCUCCGCCCCGCUAUCAGAGCUUCCUUCACUGCUGCACAAAGCCAGAAAGCUAGAUCUUAUUAUUAUUACUAUUAUUUUUUGGUAUUGGGGAUCGAACUUGGGUCCUUGCGCUUGCGCAGCAGGCGGUGAAACCACUGAGCUAAAUCCCCAACCCUCAGCUAGAUCUUAUUAUACCAGAUGUUCCCAUUUGUAAAAGUUGGCCAUCAGCUCAAAUGUGUACCCAUAGGCACCCUGGGCCUGUCUGUCCCUGGUGCAUGAGGUGACUUCAGGGCUCACGCUGGCAUUAAAAUAACAACCAUGUUAUAGUUCCUGAGCCCCAGUCCCUCAAUCCCUAACUUCUGGGGUACAGAUGCUCUUAUGGCUUGCAUGCACCUUCUCUCUGCUCAUGGCCUUCUGGUCGCUCCCCUUGCAUCUGUGCUUUUGCUAUCACGAUAGGAGGGUUCAAGCUGCCCAGGUCCCUCCUGCCCUCUGCUGGAUUCUACAGAAAUUCCAAAACACAACCCUGGGAAAAGAGGCAUUUUUUUGUGGCAACAGGAUGGAACCCAGGGUUCAUACUGCUAGGUAAGGGCUCCACCGCUGAGUUCACCCCAGCCCAGAAAAUAAAGCUUUUGAGCUUGAUGAGACUACUGUUUCACUCAUCCAUUUCCCAAACCAGGGCUCCAAGGCAGCCCUGGAGAGUUCCACAAAUAUUUGCAUCCACUUCUAAAAUAUUUUAGGGGCUGAGGAUUUAGCUCAGUGGUGCCAGUGCCUGCCUCGAAAGCAGAAGGUCCUGAGAUCGAUCCCCGGUACCAAAAAAAAAAAAUUUAAAUUGGCCAAGUGCAGUGGGGUACACCUGUAAU